AUGUGCUUGAAGCUGCAGCGAGCAGCGAUGCUGCAGCAUAAAUGUACCCUAAUCUUCGACGGUGGCAGUCAGCGUACGUUCAUCACUCGUCACUUGUCGCAGGCACCCGCCUGUCAGAUCGUUCGCACAGAGCACAUCUCCAUUGGGGCAUUCGGAGUUCAACACAAACGUCCAGAAGUACUGGAAGCAGUUGAGCUCAGUUUAAGGACUACGCAUGGAAGAGGUGAACAUCAAAAGAUAACAGCCCUGGUGGUGGAACAGAUAUGCUCUCAAGUCUUGGAAGUUCCACCUGAUGUAAUCAAAGAGCGUAUGCAGCAGUACAAGCUGGCAAUAACCGACUGUCGCGACGGUGCCCUACGUCAACAAAUAGAGAUCCUGAUUGGUGCGAACAACUACUGGGAAUUUGUUACCGGGCGCACUCUUCCUGUGCAUCAAGGUGUACAAGCGGUCGAAACGACACUUGGCUUGACGUUGCAAGGACCAUGCUCUCUUCCGAAUGCGGUGCGCACAGCAAGCUGUCACACGGUGGCUGUGUUGUACGUAAGCCAACAUCGCGAAGCGGUGAACGAUAUGAUGGAGCGAAUUUGGAACUUGGACAGUAUCGGCAUACGUUGCGAUAAGACAGACGAAGCACAGCAUCACUUUGUCCUCGACAACUUCAAAACGUCCAUUCAGUUGAAGAACGACAGGUAUUCAGUUGCCUUCCCGUGGAAACCAGUUGUGUCAAUGCAAGACAAUAAGCACAUUGCAGAGCAACGUCUUUCACAAGUCACGAGGCGUCUAACCAAGUCGCAAGGUUUAAUGGCGAGAUACGACGCAGCCAUACGUGAAAAUCUUGUCUCUGGAGUAGCAGAGAAGGUUACCCAGGAAAUGGAUCAGGCCCAAGAUACAGCACACAUAUACUAUAUGCCGCAUCACACAGUCAUCAGGGAAGAUCGAAUGACUACAAAGAUGAGAAUCGUCUACGACGCAUCCUCUCAUGAACCUAUCACCAGGUCGCUCAAUGAUAACCUGAACGCGGGACCCAACCUAAAUCCGGGUAUCACGCCACUAAUGAACUUCCGCCUUUAUCCAGUAGCCUUGAUAUCGGAUGUACAGAAGGCGUUGCUCCAGAUCGCCAUACACGAGGAUGACAGAGGCGCCCUUAGGUUUCUGUGGUACAGAACUACUCCGGUAGACGGCAAGCCACUACCGAACGUUGAAACGUGGCGGAUGACGAGGGUGACUUUCGGUACGGCCCUAGCACGUUCCUCCUGGCAACAACGUUACACCACCACAUCCAGCUGUAUGCCAGCGAACAUCCGAGAUUAG